ACAGCGAGUGGCGACCCAUAUACCAAGCUCAGAGCAUCUACUGGUUCGUGACUUAACCCAUUCACAUACAGUCACACCAAAAUGGCGCUGUCUCAGCAUCUAGGUGGAGGGUAUAUUCGUGCACCAACCAUGAUGAAUACUUGUUACCAGGCGAAAUGAUCAACGUCGUGCUCGAUACCUGGCAACAGGUAGCCAUCAUUGGUGGUUGUGCAGGUUUCCUCCUCCUCGUCUUCUUAUGUAUGGUGUGCAAACUGUGCCCAGGCUGCUGUCUGUACGAAUACUGUCCACUCAAAGCUGUCUACCCGGACCAUAAAUAUGAAAAUAUACGUAUAGCCUAUAAAGAAGAAGAGAAAUUCCCUACAAAAGCGUACAAGCUGUCCCCUUUACCUUCCACAGAGUACAUUUAUAAUUUAGAGCACAAAGGAACUGAUACAGUGAAUGGCUUGUUUAUUAUGCCCAAAGACUACGGCUCCGUGGAAAGUCUACCCAUGUCUGAUGGCACUAGCGACUCGGGCCUCAGCAAACCUCCUAGACCAAAUUUAUCCUUCACGUUAAGUUAUUAUAAUAAGGACGAAAAACUUGUGAUAAAUAUCACAGAGGCGCGUAAUCUGCCGCCUAAAGAUGCUAGUGGUGUUUCAGACUUCUUUUUGCGAGUCUCUUUCAUCAUAUCGAAAAAACGUCGCAAACGGCGACAGAAAAAGUCCACUGACGAGCAAGAAUUUACCGUGGAGACGAACCACUAUCGCCGCUCACAGGACUUAGAGAUCCAAGAAACACUUGCUAUGAGUAUGAAAUCUAGCGAGUUGAAGCACGCCGUGUUGAAGUUCGUUGCCUGCGAGGCGGACAGGUAUUCUAGGUGCCGGGAGUUAGGACAAGUUGUGAUAAACCUGAAAGAAAUCUCUUUUGCAGAAGAAGUGCAACUUACUGAGGUUUUUCGGGAAGUGGAAAAGGAUUCUCUGGGUGAAAUCCUGGUGUCCCUGUCGUAUCUCCCUUUGGCAGAGAGAAUCACAGUCACAAUCAUUAAAGCAAUAAAUCUUCUAUCACCUGCAGUAGAUGUCAAAUACCCAAAUGUCUACACGAAAGUUGUUAUGGUCCACGACGGAAAAGCCUUGCAAAAACGAAGAACUGCCACUCACGGAGGAACGACGGAGCCGGUUUUUAACGAGGCCUUGUCAUUUGACGCACCGGCAGAGAAGAUGGAGAACCUUACCUUCGCUGUGACUGUCAUGCAUGCCAUGUCGUUACAAGGGAGCAAUGAGUUUGACAAAGUAAUAGGUAAAGCUUGGCUUGGGAGAGACUUUAGUGGAGAAGCUCAAGACCACUGGUUUGAAGUUAUCAGAAAUCCAAGAAAACCAAUAGCUAAAUGGUAUAGGUUGAUGUGAAAAUGCGCUAAACAAG